AUGGAGUACGCUGGAUUCCUUCGCGGGGAAAUGGAGAACAUGCCGUGGGAUGAUGUGUUGCCGCUCACCGAAGAUGCCAUCAUCGGCACCCAGACUCCUUCCGCGCAGGUGCAGGACAAUGAGGCACCCGUAGAGGCGGCAGCAGGUGGUGGCCGUGGCUGCAGUUAUAAGUUGGAGGAGGACCUUCUCCUGGUUGCGGCCUGGUUGAACGUGAGCCUAGAUCCCGUGGUUGGGAGCAACCAGAGCUUAGGUGCAUUCUGGCACAGGAUCGAGAGUUACUACAACGAGAGCAAGACAUUUACAUCAACUCGGAAUAAGAAAUCGCUGCAGGGGAGAUGGACAUUCAUCAACACGACGGUCCAGAAGUUCUGCGGCCACUACGCAAGAGCCCUGCGCACUAAGAAGAGUGGAACGACCGAGGCGGAGACGGUCGUUGAGGCAUGUAAGAUGUUUCAAGCCGUGGAGCAUAAGGAGUUCACCUUGCUGCCGUGUUGGAGGGAGUUGCGCAAUCAUCCGAAGUGGCAAGCGGAGUCGGCGCGCAAAAAACAGAAAACUGCACCUUCCGGAAGUCCCUGUUCGACACAACACGGAGGGUCUUCAGCGGGGAUGAACAUACCUGAGAAGGUCGGCGAACAUCCUUCCACCUGCAGCCCUCGUGCGAAGAGGCCUCCAGGGCGCACGCGAUCGAAAGACGGGGCACGGGGUAUGUCUUCCUCAAGUUCUGCUUCAGCGCCCAUGACAGAUCUUGUUGAUCGCCAACUCGCAAUGAAAGAGAUGAUUGAGAAGGAAAGGGCUAAGAGGUUCGCAGAGUUGAUGGAAGUUGAGCGCAAGAAGCUCCGCCUUGAGGAAGAGCGUAUGCAAAUGCAGAGGGAGAAGGAGGAGCGGGACAUAAUGAACAUGGAUAUUUCACAUAUGGAUGAGGACCAGCAAGCAUACUACAAGAGUCUUCGGCAGAGCAUCAUUGCAGCUCGUCGCGCCUCUUCUGGGCCUUCUGCAUAA